GCUUUACGGACCGUAUACUUCAAUACUCAGAGCAGUUCCUGCCAAACAUAUGGUCUUCUCAUUACCGAAACGGCUAUUUUCAUGUUCUUCACUUCUGCGAAACCGAGCUAUUAUAUAUACCUCUAAUGGGCCGGUAACUCAAGCUCUCAGUAUCAUCACGUAUCAACCACUCCCACCACCACCACCGAACACGAUCAACAUCAAGUUCAUUCUUGCGCCCAUUAAUCCUGCAGACCUCAAUACUAUUGAAGGAGUCUACCCCUCCAAGCCCUCGUUAUCCUCAAACUUGUCUUCUUCUGGAAAAGGUAGUAAGGAUGAGCCCGUGUUCGUUGCAGGUAAUGAAGGUUUGGCCGAGGUGGUCGAUGUUGGGGAGGGGGUCAGCGGAUUAGAGAAAGGGACAUGGGUGGUGAUGGAUAAACCGCAAGUGGGAACUUGGGCAACGUCUAGGAAUGUUGGGGUGAAAGAUGUCAUUAGACUACCAUUUGGAAAGCUCAACGGACUGAGCGAAGCUCAUGGUGCAACAAUGACGGUAAACCCCACAACCGCUUAUAACAUGCUAGACAGCUUUAUACAACUUUCCGAGGGCGAUUGGAUCAUCCAAAACGGUGCGAAUAGCGCGGUUGGCAAACUUGUCAUACAGAUAGCAAAAAUAAGAGGCCUCAAAACCAUCAACUUCGUACGUUCACGUGACAAUCUCUCUGAACUUGUGAAAGAGCUCGAAAAGCUGGGCGCCACCAAGGUCUUGACCUACGACGACUUGUACGAUAAAUCUAUACGUGGAAAGGUCAAGGAAUGGACGGGCGGAAAGGACAUCCGCCUUGCCCUCAAUUGCGUAGGUGGAGAACCUGCCGCAGCCAUAGCAAAGCUCUUAGGAUCUAAUGCACACCUCGUCUCGUAUGGAGCGAUGUCCAAAAAGCCAUUGUCACUCCCGACGUCAUUAUUCAUUUUUAAGAACUUGACAUCUCACGGUUUCUGGCAAACGAGAUGGAGCAAAGAAAAUUCAAGGCAUAAGAAAGCGGCCCUAAUCGGAACACUGGCUGAGUGGAUGACACAGGGGAAGCUGAAGGCUCCAGAUCACGAAAAUUUGACCAUCUUCAGGCAUGAUUCGGAUGAGGAAGCUACGCAGAAAGUAAGAGAGACCUUGAGACGAGUUGCAGAGGGGAAGGUUGGCAAGAAGGUACUGUUUAAACUAGAGGAUGUUAAUGCCUAAAUUACUGAGUCGCCAUGACCAUGUCCUUUCUUGAGCUUGCUGAGACUGGAAAAGUUCCAGUUUACCCGAAUUCAGGUUAUCUCAUUCGAUUUGU